GUAGAACAACAUGUCAUUGAUCUUCCUAACAAUUCAUCCUCGCAUAGUCCGGAUCCAAAUGAUGCUGCAAUACCUACUGGCCCUGGUAAAAAUGUUGUACCCAAAUUCAGUUUGGGACCCAAAAGAAAUUGUCGUGUACUACGAGCAGUUGUGUUUGUGCAUGGAUUUCAGGGGCACCAUCUUGAUUUACGACUUGUUCGGAAUCAAUGGCUUUUGAUAGAUCCUGGAGCUGAAUGUCUCAUGUCAGAAGCUAAUGAAGAAAAGACAACAGGAGAUUUUAGAGAAAUGGGUCGAAGGUUGGCUUUGGAAGUGGUUGCCUUCCUUAGGAAGAAAAUGGAUAAGCUUUCAAGAUAUGGAGGCUGUAAAGUCACAAAGCUUAGUUUUGUUGGGCAUUCUAUUGGAAACAUCAUCAUCAGGAGUGCCUUAACAGAGAGUGUAAUGGGACCUUUCUUGAAGCACUUGUAUACAUAUAUGUCAAUAUCAGGGCCACAUUUAGGGUAUUGGUACAGCUCAAACUCUUUGUUCAAUUCAGGAUUGUGGCUUUUGAAGAAACUCAAAGGAGCUCAGUGCAUUAAUCAACUUACUUCUACUGAUGAUCCAGAUCUUCAGAAUACAUUCUUUUACAAGCUCUGUAAGCAGAAGACAUUGGAAAAUUUCAAAAACAUUAUCCUGGUAUCUUCCCCACAGGAUGGUUACGUUCCUUACCAUUCUGCCAGAAUUGAACUGUGCCAGGCAUCGUCUUGGGAUCAGUCAAAGAAGUCUCACAUCUUCAUGGACAUGCUCAACAAUUGCUUGGAUCAAAUCCGUGCUCCUUCAUCUGAACGGAGAGUAUUCAUGCGGUGUGAUGUGAAUUUUGACACAUCUUCUCAAGUGAGGAACUUGAAUACAAUCAUCGGGCGAGCAGCACACAUAGAGUUUCUUGAGACCGACAUAUUUGCAAAGUUCAUCAUGUGGUCCUUUCCAGAAUUCUUCCUUUGACGAGUGCACUUGUGAAACAGCUUUAGCUUCUCGUGUUCUCACUUCUUUGUCAUCCAUUUCUGUUGUCCCCACUAACAUUAGUGCAGCUGCUAAUAUGAUAUGCUAAGAGGUCAUUACGAUGCUCUGGGAGUGAACACAUGGAGCAUCGAGCUGGAAUGAAACACAUAGGAGUCUGUUGUAUAGUAUCUUCAUUCUAAAAUUCAUUUAUUUCAUUCCUUUUUUUUUCAUGAAUGUACAUGUAAUCACCUUUCUCAUAUAUAACAUUAUUUAAUCUUUUUCCUCACAGAAUUCUGCGAGGUUAUGUAAAGGUAAUAUGCAUCUGGUAAGUGUAAAUAUAAUAAGCUGGAAUUAGGAGUGUUUCAUAGUA